AAGUGCACAAAGAGUGCAAAGGUAUUAAGACUGUUACAACUCCAACUUAACCUUACUUUACGUCUCGCUCGUGAACCUCGUGAAGAUUACGUAAAAUCGUUUGUAUUAUUAUGAGUAACGUGGAUAACGUGAUCGUCCGAAAUUUGGACGAUGAGGAAGAUGAGUCCAAGGCGGUGAUGCUGUUCGGCCGAGACAUCAGGAAGAUCCCCUGUUUCAAGCAGAGUAUGCUGACCGGUAUCUAUAGCGGUCUCACAGCCGGCCUUGUCACCUUCAUGUUCACCAGUCGCGGGAAUCUAUCGGCGAACGUCGCCCUGGGAUCCUACAUGGGAGUCGCCUCGAUUUAUUGGUGCUAUUGCCGAUACAACAACACGAUGGAAAAGUACGAAAUGCAGAAUCUUCAAGAUAUCAUGCGGCAAAAGUCGAUCAACGCCGUGGAGACAACAUCAGAGAAAACUGGUUGACACAUGAAAACUGUUUGUCUGUCGCUAAAGAUUUUUAAAAUGAUAUACGAGAACAAGAGAGAUGCAUUAUCAUGCGAUCGUAG